AUAAACACACAUGUUCGAACAGUAAUCAGUAAUAGAAAUUAAACAUCAAAGAGACAAAGAGGAAGAAAAGAAAGAAGAUGAUGUCCGGUCGGGUCGCAUCGUGUUGGAUUCUUGUGGCGAUGGUUGUUGUUCUCUCCACAGCUCCCGCCGGCGGUGAUACGGCGGAGAAGGGAGUAACGUAUGACGGACGGUCUUUGAUUAUCGAUGGACAGAGGAAACUUCUCUUCUCCGGUUCCAUUCAUUAUCCUCGCAGCACACCCGAGAUGUGGCCCUCUCUGAUAAAGAAGACAAAGGAAGGAGGCAUCGAUGUGAUCCAAACGUACGUUUUUUGGAACCUCCAUGAGCCCAAGCUCGGACAGUAUGAUUUUAGUGGAAGAAACGAUUUGGUGAAGUUUAUUAAAGAAAUUAGAUCACAAGGUCUCUAUGUCUGCCUACGUAUUGGACCCUUCGUCGAAGCUGAAUGGAAUUAUGGAGGAUUGCCAUUUUGGUUACGGGAUGUACCCGGUAUGGUAUACCGAACCGAUAACGAGCCAUUCAAGUUCCACAUGCAAAGAUUCACCAGUAAGAUCGUAAAUUUGAUGAAAUCGGAGGGCUUAUAUGCGUCUCAAGGAGGUCCAAUCAUUCUUUCUCAGAUAGAGAACGAGUACGGGAACGUGGAGGCAGCUUUUCAUGAGAAAGGAGCAUCGUACGUCAAGUGGGCAGCUCAAAUGGCGGUAGGGCUUCAGACCGGUGUGCCAUGGAUCAUGUGCAAGCAGCCCGAUGCUCCUGAUCCAGUGAUCAAUACUUGCAAUGGAAUGAGAUGCGGCGAGACAUUUCCAGGACCAAACUCACCUAAUAAACCUAAAAUGUGGACUGAAGAUUGGACAUCUUUCUAUCAAUUUUAUGGAGGAACACCUUAUAUUAGAUCUGCUGAGGAUAUAGCUUUCCAUGCAGCUCUUUUCAUUGCGAAAAACGGAAGCUACAUCAACUACUACAUGUACCAUGGUGGAACAAACUUUGGAAGGACAUCAUCUUCAUAUUUCAUUACAGGAUAUUAUGAUCAAGCUCCUCUUGAUGAAUACGGUCUUUUAAGACAGCCAAAGUACGGUCACUUGAAGGAGCUUCACGCUGCUAUAAAAUCCUCAGCAAAUCCUUUGCUUCAAGGGAAGCAAACGAUUCUCUCCUUGGGACCAAUGCAACAAGCUUAUGUCUUUGAAGAUGAGAACAGUGGAUGCGUUGCGUUUCUGGUGAACAACGACGCGAGAAAAGCCAUUCAAAUACAGUUCAGAAACAAUGCGUAUAGCUUGCUUCCCAAGUCAAUUGGUAUUCUUCAGAAUUGCAAAAACCUAAUCUAUGAAACAGCAAAGGUGAAUGUGGCGAAGAACAUGAGAGUUACAACGCCGGUUCAGGUGUUCAAUGUUCCAGACAAAUGGGAAGUGUUUAGAGAAUCAAUCCCAACAUUCUCAGACACACCUUUGAAGACUAAAGCUUUGUUGGAACAUACCAACUUGACAAAGGACAAGAGUGAUUAUCUUUGGUACACUUUAAGGUUUGAGUCGAGUUCACCUUGCGCGAACCCGUCUCUCUACAUUGAGUCAUUAGGACAUGUGGUUCACGUGUUCGUCAAUCAUGCACUAGCAGGUUCUGGGCAUGGAAGCAGAAACAUCACGGUGGUUAAACUCCAAGUUCCAGUUAGCUUAAUCAACGGACAAAACAACAUUUCAAUCCUUAGCGGCAUGGUCGGUUUACCGGACUCUGGGGCUUACAUGGAGAGGAAAUCUUAUGGACUAACCAAAGCUCAAAUUAGCUGUGGUGGGACAAAUGCCAUUGAUUUGAGUGGAUCUCAAUGGGGUUACUUGGUGGGUUUGGUAGGGGACAAAGUUAAGUUACAUCAAUGGGCGAAUCUAAAGAGCGUGAAGCGGAGUACCAAUGACGCUGGACUCAUUAAGAAUUGCCCUCUUGCUUGGUACAAGACGAUGUUUGACGAGCCGAACGGAGAUGGGCCGGUGGGGCUUAACAUGGGGAGUAUGGGUAAAGGAGAAGUGUGGGUGAAUGGUGAAAGCAUUGGUCGUUAUUGGGUUUCCUUUCUCACACCUGCUGGUCAUCCUUCUCAAUCUAUAUAUCAUAUUCCAAGGGCGUUUCUGAAACCAUCUGGAAAUCUAUUGGUGGUUUUUGAAGAGGAAGGUGGUGAUCCUCUUGGGAUCUCUUUGAAUACUAUAUCGGUUAUUGGUUCUAACAAAGCUCAAUCUCAACUUUCAUGAAGAUUGUUUGUGGGUCUGAAUUUUUCUAUAUUUUUGUGUUAAUUAGAGUGAUUAAUAAAUUUUAUUGGAUGAUUCAAUAUAUACGUCUUGUUGAUAUGAAAUUUUAACACACCUUA